UUCUACAACCAACUUGCCCGCCUGCUCUCCGAGCUGCGGCAGGACGUCAAGCAAUGGCGGCGCGCGCGCCAGCUCGACAUUGACGCCCUCGUGGCGCGCUUCCAGGGCACGACGCUGAGUCCGCGCGCCUCCUCGAGCGGCGGCGGAGGAGGCGCAGCGGCAGGAGGCGCGACGGCGGCGGCGGCGCCGUCGUGGAACGGCGUGCGCACACGCGCGCAGCUGGCCGCCGAGGCAAAGGCAAAGGGCUUGAAGCCGGGACAGCUGGUCAGGGAGGGCCUUUGA